AACCUACAGAUUGCUGCAAUGGCCCCCAAUUUGAGCAAGUUGAGUUCCGCCGCCUCCGCCGGUGAAGUCCUCGUCGCCGACGAGACUCAGCAGGCCUCUGCUUUCGGCCUCAGGGGGCGCAACCUCGCCGUGCACGGCCACGCUUUCCUCCAUGACGUCCCUGCUAACGUCACCCUCGCGCCGGCCUCCGGCGGCGGCGGUGGCUGCUUCGUCGGCUUCUCCAGCGACACCGCCCAGAGCCGCCACGUGGUGCCGCUGGGCCGCCUACUCGGCAUUCGCUUCAUGAGCAUCUUCCGGUUCAAGGUGUGGUGGACCACCCAGUGGACCGGCUGCCGCGGCCGCGACGUGGAGAACGAGACCCAGUUCCUGCUGCUCGACCGCGGCGGCGCCGGACGCCCCUACGUCCUCCUCCUCCCGCUCGUCGAUGGCGCCUUUCGCGCCUGCCUCCAGCCCGGCGAGGCCGACGACUUCGUGGACGCCUGCGUCGAGAGCGGCUCCGCCCGGGUGCGCGGCUCCGAUUUCCGGAGCUGCCUUUACCUCCACGCCGGCGACGACCCCUUCGCUCUCGUCAAGGACGCGAUGCGGGUCGUCCGCUCCCACUUGGGCACCUUCAAGCUGCUCGAGGAGAAGACGCCGCCGGCGGUCGUGGACAAGUUCGGGUGGUGCACGUGGGACGCGUUCUACCUCAAAGUCCACCCUGAGGGCGUGUGGGACGGCGUCAAGCGCCUCGCCGACGGCGGAUCCCCGCCGGGGUUCGUUCUCAUCGACGACGGAUGGCAGUCCAUCGCGCACGACGAGGACUCCACCGACCAAGAAGCCAUGAACCGCACCUCCGCCGGCGAGCAGAUGCCCUGCCGCCUGGUCAAGUUCCAAGAGAACCACAAGUUCCGCGACUACAAGAGCAAGAAGAAGCAGAGCGCCGCCGGCAUGGGGGCCUUCGUGGGGGACCUCAAGGCGGAAUUCUCCACCGUGGAGCACGUCUACGUAUGGCACGCGCUCUGCGGCUACUGGGGCGGGCUGAGACCGGCGACGGCGGGGCUGCCACCGGCGCAGGUCCUGAAGCCCAAACUCUCCCCAGGGUUGCAGAUGACCAUGGAGGACCUCGCGGUCGACAAGAUCGUCAACAACGGAGUCGGACUCGUGCCACCGGAGAGAGCCGGCGAGCUCUACGAAGGCCUCCACGCCUACCUCGCCUCCGCCGGCAUCGACGGCGUUAAGGUCGACGUCAUUCACUUGUUGGAAAUGAUCUGCGAGGAUUUCGGAGGUCGAGUGGAGUUGGCGAAAGCCUACUACAAAGCUCUGACGGACUCCGUCAAGAAGAACUUCGCCGGUAACGGGGUGAUCGCCAGCAUGGAGCACUGCAACGAUUUCAUGUUCUUGGCCACCGAUGCUAUCUGCCUCGGCCGCGUCGGGGACGAUUUCUGGUGCACGGAUCCGUCCGGCGAUCCGAACGGGACGUUCUGGCUUCAAGGGUGCCACAUGGUUCACUGCGCCUACAACAGCCUGUGGAUGGGCAACUUUAUACAUCCCGACUGGGACAUGUUCCAGUCGACUCACCCCUGUGCUGCCUUCCACGCCGCCUCCCGUGCCAUCUCCGGCGGCCCCAUCUACGUCAGCGACUCCGUCGGCCGCCACAACUUCGACCUCCUCAAAUCGCUGGCUCUCCCUGAUGGCACCAUCCUCCGCUGCGAUCACUACGCCCUCCCCACCCGUGACUGCCUCUUCCUCAACCCACUCCACGACACCCGGACCGUCCUCAAGAUCUGGAACUUAAACAAGAUCACCGGAGUUCUCGGAGUCUUCAAUUGCCAAGGCGGAGGAUGGAGCCGCGAAGACCGGAGGAACAAGAGCGCUUCCCACUGCUCCCGCACCUUGACGGCGACCGCCACCGUGAUGGACAUCGAGUGGCACAACGGUAGCCGGCCGUUCCCUCUCGGAGAAGCCCAGCUGUUCGCAGUCUUCCUCUCCCGAGCAAGAAAGGUCGAGCUACGAAAACCAGAAGAGAAGAUCGAGAUCACGCUCGACCCCUUCGACUACGAGCUCCUCACCGUGUCUCCAGUGAAGACACUGUCGUCAUCGACGAUGUCGGAGGCGGUGCAAUUCGCUCCGAUCGGGCUGGUGAACAUGCUGAACUCCGGCGGCGCUGUGCAGUCAUUGGAGACGAGGCUGUUCGAGGUGGCGAUCGAGGUGAAGGGAGCGGGAGAGAUGAGGGCCUUCUCGUCGGCGGCGCCGCUCGGGUGCCGGAUUAACGGAGAGAAAACGGAAUUCACCUACGCGGAAGGGAUGGUAGCGCUGCAUAUCCCGUGGCCGGGUUCUUCCUCUAAGCUGACGCUCGUCGAGUAUUCAUUCUAAGAAUUCUUCAAGGCAUGCAAAUAAUAAUUAUAUACGCUGAUAAAUAAAAACACUUUGUCUUUCUUCGUAUCGAUCGCGUUCUGAUAAAAUUAACUAAUUAAACAGCUAUUGAAGUAUGUAGUCCUUCUCAGCCUUUUUGAAUAUUAUGCAAUUUUUUUA